AUGAAGGGUCGCGGCCACUGUCUGACCUCGGGCGUUUGGUGUCCCAAAGCAGACGCGCGAAAUGAAGUUUGCGUGUUGGUGGAGCAGCAGUGUAUCAACACGAAACCUAGACAAAGAGGACACGCUGCACACGCAGACGCAGCCAGCGCCCAUCCAUGCCCCGCCCGAACAGGCAAUGCCCUCGCUCCAAUCGAACCUUCAUCCGCCACCGCAGACCAACGGCGGGGCGUCUGUCCAGAGAGAGCACGGUGGCACCUUGUCAACCUGUCAGCCUCGGGCACAACCCUCCUGCGGAUCGACGCAGCACGGCGAACGGCAUGGCGAAUCGACCGGGGCAGCGAUCUCCAUCCUGACACUCCAGCCAGGCAGAGACGUUACAUAGGGAUGCGCGUCGAGGCAACGGUUGAGCGCCUAAGCCAGGCUGGAGAUCACCGCCCCGCGCGCUCCUCGUGCCGGCGUCGCCAUGAGAGGACAAAUGAGCACGACGUUUGGAUGGUGCGCUCCAUCCAGGUGCAGAUUCGCGCAGAUGACAGAGCGGACGUGCCCCGACAGGCACGCCAAAGGGCCAAGUGA